GUUAGACUGAGCAGGGAGCUGUGUUACCACAGAGAGAAAGAGUAAGAGAUAGAAAGAGAGAGAGAGAGGGUUAGAGAGAGAGUGAGGGACAAAGAGGAAGAGUGAGAGAGAGGGGGGAAACAGAGAGGAGUGAGAGGGGGAAAGAAUAGAAAGAGCAUUGUGUUGCUGCUGAGAGAGAACCCAUGUCUGCACAAAGAGAGAUGAAAGAGAAGAUCCCCUGGCACACGCCUGUGACCAUCAUCAUCACUGUGAUUGGUGUCAUAGCGAUUGUUGCCUUGGUGACGGUAGCAGUUUUGCAGAACAGGCCCCUCCCCCAAAAGUACAAGUAUGGGAUCGUGCUGGAUGCUGGCUCCUCCCACACAGCUCUGUAUAUCUACGAGUGGCCAGCUGAGAAAGAUAACAACACGGGAAGAGUUGAACAGAAACAUUCCUGCAAGGUCAAAGGUCCAGGUAUCUCCAGCUAUGCGUCUGCUCCAUUAAAGGCGGGAGAGUCUCUGAGAUUAUGCAUGGAGGAAGCCAAUAAACUGGUGCCCGGAAAAAGACAACAACAGACCCCUCUUUAUCUGGGAGCUACAGCUGGAAUGAGAUUACUAAAUAUGGAGAAUAGCUCGGCGUCAGACAAGGUCUUCCAGGCUGUGGAGAGCGCCCUGCAGAAAUUCCCCUUUUCAUAUCAGGGAGCAAGAAUACUAAGUGGUCAGGAGGAGGGGGCUUUCGGUUGGGUCACGGUCAACUACUUGGAUGACCGCCUAAAACAGGGCUUGGAAACUAGGGGCGCCCUUGACCUCGGUGGAGCCUCUACCCAGAUUAGCUUUGUUUCCGAUAGUUAUAACGGAUCAGAAUCACCUAGCAACUCGGUUACUUUCCGCCUCUAUGGAAAUGACUACAACCUGUAUACUCACAGCUUCCUGUGUUACGGGAAAGACCAAGCCCUAAGAAUGACGCUGGCACACCAGUCUCAAGCAGGUCCAGCAACACUAUUAGAUCCUUGUUUCCACCCUGGCUACAGAGCAGAAAAGAACUACUCAGUCCUUUACGACAGCCCCUGUGUGUCAGAAAGGAAACCCAAAGAUGCUCCAGCAACCUUUAAUCACACGGGGAGUGGAGACUUCCUGCAAUGCCAAGAAGCCGUGAAAAGGGUCUUCAACUUUACAUCCUGCAAAUACAGCCGAUGCUCUUUCAAUGGGGUCUUCCAGCCACUUUUGCAGGGGCCAUAUGGGGCUUUCUCUGCUUACUACUUUGUGAUGAACUUUCUAAAUCUAACCGAUACAUCCAUCCCACUGGAAGAUGUCAAGGAAAAGCUAAAACGCUACUGCGCUACCAAUUGGGAUCAGAUAAUGCAGCAGCAUCCAAAAGUUAAAUUACAGUAUUUGGCUGAGUACUGUUUCUCUGGCACGUACAUCCUCACCCUGCUGACAGAAGGUUACAACUUCACCACAGAGAGCUACUCGGACAUAAAAUUCAUUAAAAAGAUAAAAGGCAGCGAUGCAGGCUGGACGCUGGGCUACAUGUUGAACCUGACAAAUAUGAUUCCAGCUGAGGCGCCUGACACUCCGCCUCUGCCCCACGCGGGCUAUGUGUCAAUAGUUUCCGUCAUUGCAGUGCUACUCUUCAUCCUCUUCAUCGUCAGCCUGCGUCCUCUAUGGCCCCGCUGCUCCAAACAUCCACAGAUUGUAUAAACACGAAGGAGGAAAUGUCUGUGAGGGCAUGUGAGUGCGUCCCUGUUGGCUUUUAUACCAAUUUGCGAAAAGGAUAGUCAACUCUACACUUUCCUGCGUCCCCGGGGAGGUCAAAGGUCAACCCCUGCUGCACAUCAACAGUCCUGCAGCUUGUGUGGAUUCAAGGACAUUUCAGAAGGACAAAUAUUUUCUGUACUCUUUAUAAAGAGUGCGUUUUGGUUCUCUGGUUGAAGGACAGUUUCUGUGUUUGUGUGCAAGUCUGUAUGUUUGAAUUUGAAUGGGCGUGUGAUUGUUUGUGAACCCAUCAGUCUGCAUGUAUGUCUUGAAUUAUGAUGUGAAUAUGAUACUGUAUAAAUAAAAUAUACCAAGUUUAUAUAAA